AGCCAAUCGCGCAUACCAUUAAAAGCAACUGCCUCACAGCUUGACGCAUCACUGAAAAACAAGUUUUUGGCGGCGGCCAUUGUGCUGGCGCAGCUGAUCGGCCCGUGCGCUGGGGGGUACCUACACGGGUGUUGCCGUGUUGCCGGUCGAUCCAGCGACGGUACUGUGAGCCAGACGCGAGCUAUUUGCGUCUUUGCUUCUUGACGUGGAAACAUUGAGGUUUCCAAACGUCUUGUGACCUGGUCAACGGCAGGGCUUCCUCGCUGGUCGUUCCAGCCGCGUGCGCGCCCAACGCUUGCACGGUAUUUUUUUUUUUUUUUUUCCAGCAGACUACCUUUGCCAGUUUGUUGCCUAUUGUGUGUCGCGGUUCUCCGCACCACUCACCAUGUCUGCGGAUACCACACCCGAGCAGUACCAGUACAAGGCACCCUGGCCCAUCUAUAGCUCUGCUUGGUCGCAGAAAAAGAACAAACACUACCGACUUGCCAUCGGCUCUUUUGUCGAAGAUUACUGCAACAAGAUUCAAAUUGUCACGCGUCAUCCAGACUCCUCCACCAUCCAAGUGCACAGUACCGUCGAUCAUCCUUAUCCAGCGACCAAAAUCGCAUGGCUCCCUGACCCUGAUGACACUCGUCCUGAUCUCUUGGCGACCACGGGCGACUACCUACGCAUUUGGCGCGUCGAGGAAAACUUGACUAGCAUGGAAUGCCUUCUGAACAAUAACAAAACUUCAGAAUUUUGUGCACCGCUCACGUCCUUUGACUGGAGCACGGUGGACCCAAACCGUAUCGUGACCUCUUCCAUCGACACUACCUGCACGGUUUGGGACAUCCGCGCCGAGAAGGAUGUUGGCCGCGCCAGUGGCGAUGCAACCACUCAACUCAUUGCCCACGACCAAGAAGUCUACGACGUGGCUUUUAGUAGCCAGAAUCGGGAGGUCUUUUCAACCGUGGGUGCCGAUGGGUCGGUGCGCCUCUUUGACUUGCGCAGUUUGGAUCAUUCCACCAUUAUCUAUGAAGAUCCGCAGCAAACGGCCCUUUUGCGGCUUGGUUGGAACAAACAAGAUGCAAACUUUCUCACUGUGUUAAAGAUGGAUUCGCGUGAGGUUGUGCUGGUGGACAUUCGCAUGCCUUGCGUGGCGACGGCCACGCUCUCAUGUCAUACCGCAGCCAUCAACGGCAUGUCGUGGGCGCCACAUUCAGCCUGUCACAUCUGUACGGCUGGGGAUGACAACAAGGCCAUCAUCUGGGACAUUGGAGGUAUUCCUCGCAAGGAUCCCGAUCCCAUCCUGGCCUAUGACGCCGAUGGCAACAUCAACAAUGUGCAAUGGUGCGAGUCCUUUCCUGAGUGGAUUGCCAUUAAUCACGACAACGUGUUGGAGCUGCUCCGCGUUUGA